GCCGCGGCCCAGUCGGCGUCAGCGCGGGGCCCGGAGGCCGCGCUCCGGGGAGACCCGGCGGGGACGGGGCGGGGCGGCCCGGGGGGCUCCGGUCCGGGCCUAGCGGGAGGCGGGGGGCUGGGCACCGGGUCCUGGGGCCAGGGCUGGGGGUGCCGUGGCGGGGGUCCCCCUGACCCCCUCCUCCCCCUGCACCCCCAGGAUGGUCCCCUCCGCCUCCUGCCGGCCCGGGUCCGUCCUGCUCUGGGCGCUGCUGCUUCUGCUCUCCGGGGCCGCGGCUCCCCAGGAGCCCGAGGAGCCCGACAGCUACACGGAGUGCACAGAUGGCUAUGAGUGGGACCCCGACAGCCAGCACUGCCGGGCCCAGGAGCGGCUGUCCCAGCAGGCCCCUCCGCACAGAUGUCAACGAGUGCCUGACCAUCCCUGACGCAUGCAAGGGGGAGAUGAAGUGCAUCAACCACUACGGGGGCUACCUGUGCCUGCCCCGCUCUGCCGCCGUCAUCAACGACCUGCACGGCGAGGGCCCCCCGCCACCCGUGCCUCCCGCCCAGCACCCCGACCCCUGCCCCCCGGGCUAUGAGCCUGAUGAACAAGAGAGCUGUGUGGACGUGGAUGAGUGUACCCAGGACCUGCACGACUGCCGCCCCAGCCAGCAGUGCCACAACCUGCCCGGCUCCUUCCAGUGCACCUGCCCCGACGGCUACCGCAAGAUUGGGCCCGAGUGCGUGGACAUAGACGAGUGUCGCUAUCGCUACUGCCAGCACCGCUGCGUGAACCUGCCCGGCUCCUUCCGCUGCCAGUGUGAGCCAGGCUUCCAGCUGGGGCCCAACAACCGCUCCUGUGUGGAUGUGAACGAGUGUGACAUGGGAGCCCCAUGUGAGCAGCGCUGUGUCAACUCCUAUGGGACCUUUGUGUGUCGUUGCCACCAGGGCUAUGAGCUGCACCGGGAUGGCUUCUCCUGCAGUGAUAUUGAUGAGUGCAGCUACUCCAGCUACCUCUGCCAGUACCGCUGCGUCAACGAGCCGGGCCGCUUCUCCUGCCACUGCCCGCAGGGCUACCAGCUGCUGGCCACGCGCCUCUGCCAAGACAUUGACGAGUGCGAGUCGGGCGCGCACCAAUGCUCUGAGGCCCAAACCUGCGUCAACUUCCACGGGGGCUACCGCUGCGUGGACACCAACCGCUGCGUGGAGCCCUACGUCCAGGUGUCUGACAACCGCUGCCUCUGUCCGGCCUCCAACCCGCUGUGCCGAGAGCAGCCCUCGUCCAUCGUGCAUCGCUACAUGAGCAUCACCUCGGAGCGGAGCGUGCCCGCCGACGUGUUCCAGAUCCAGGCCACCUCCGUCUACCCUGGCGCCUACAAUGCCUUUCAGAUCCGCGCGGGAAACUCGCAGGAGGACUUCUACAUCAGGCAAAUCAACAAUGUCAGCGCCAUGCUGGUCCUGGCCCGGCCGGUGACGGGCCCACGAGAGUAUGUGCUGGACCUGGAGAUGGUCACCAUGAACUCCCUCAUGAGCUACCGGGCCAGCUCUGUACUGAGACUCACCGUCUUUGUGGGCGCCUACACCUUCUGAGGCUGGGUGGGGGACCCCCCAAAAGAGGGGGUGAUUCCUGGUAGCAGGGGAGCCUGGGGCUCAGGGAAGAUGCCAUUGUGAAGGGGUGGGAGAGAGAAAGGCGGUAAAGGCAGGAAGCUGAAGUCCUGGUGGCUGAGGUGGGUGGGUACACUGUAGAGAACCCCAGCCUGGGUGGGGGGCUGGGCCAUUUAAAGAGGGGUGAGGGUAGAAUCCCGGGGUUGGGAAUAGCGUCCCCAAGGUCAUGGGGGCUGGGCCUGGUCUCUGUUGUCCAGAGGGGAAGAGGCAGGGUAAGCAGGCAACAGACCCCAGCCUAGCCCUGAGCCGACCAGGCUGGGUGCUCUGGCAGAGGCCGUGGGCUUCACUUCAAACUCGGCUUCAAACUAUCCUCGGACAAACUCUAGUAGCUACAGGACCUCAGUUUUCCCACCCAUAAAAUGAGAUGAUUGGACUGUU